GCAACUUUUUAGACAUGACAAUGAGUUGAUCAAAGCAAACAUUUAGUUGCCCAUAUUAUUUAUACCCAUUGCAGCUUACAGUCACUUCUGUGCGACUUGUCCAUUAAUCGAUUCCUUCUUUCAUCUCACUUGGUCUACGAUUGACAAACCUCCAUUACCUCACUUCCGAUAUCACCACCACCUUUCUGCCCGCAACACGCGCAUCGACCUCAACGACCAUGUACAAAUACCCUUGAUUAAUACCUCGCAAUCGAUCUCUUCACAAGUCCUGCCUCUCAAAUCACUCCCCGACAUCUGAACAUCUCCAACUCCCUCUCCCUAGACAUGGCUCUCGCAAUGCAGUCCACACUGUCGUCGGCGCAGGACGCCGACCUCAUGGAUAUUGAUAUUGAUAUGGACAUGGACGAUCAGGGUCCAGCCAUUGACGAAGAGUUCGAACUUGAAGAAGGCGAAGAACCCUCAUUCAUACCGUCAGGCGCUGGAGCCCAGAACACCGCCGACCUCGUCCCGGCCAUCUACACUGAAGAUCCCGCUCUCGAACCACAAUGGAACAAGGUCCACAUUCGCGGCGUCGAUGACAUGCACACCAACGACAUCCUGGCCUUUGUCCACGACCACUUUAGUGAAGUAGGAGAAGAUGCACACGUCCAGUGGAUCGACGACACCUCCGCCAACAUUUGCUUCAAAGACAAGGACAAAGCCAAACGAGCACAGCUUGCCUUCGUCGCAACACCCAUCACGGAAGAUCAAUUGAUCAAUGCACCCUUCGAACUCCGGGCUGCAAAGCCCUUGGCCAGCAGACCCGGCAGCAUGCUGGUGGUAAGAGUAGCUCAGCAAGGCGACAGGAAGAGGAAAAACGCCAGAGAUGCAAGUAGAUACUACCUUCUACACCCCGAUCAAGACCCGGCAGAACGAAUGCGACACGAGUUCGCAAAGUCGAGAAACGAGAACGGCGACUACCGGCGGAGAAGAUUUGACGAUCGCGAAUUGCACAGACGACGCAGAGAUAACGAAGGACCCGACGGAGCAGAGUUCACAGCGAACAUGUACGAUGACGCACCGACAACAGACACAGAGACAUCAGCUCGAGGUCGCGAUCUGUUCUCGCGAGUCACCAAAGGCCGCCGGCGGAGCGCCAGCCCUAGCAGGAGACCCCGCAAUCGCGAUGAAAUCGACAUUUCCGACUCAGAGGAUGACACUCGAAACCGGAGGAAAGGAUACCGCGACCGUGGUGAUCGAGGCACUCGUUCGAAUGCAGGCAAAGAGCUAUUCGCCUCGGGAUCCUCGGACCGAAAAGGGGGCGGGCUGCAUUCAGACAGGAUCGAGCUGUUCCCGAACUCGGCCUCCGAUGUAGACACGUCCAUGUCUACCGAGCCCGUGAAUGCAAGUUCAUCCGGAUCAAGACAGAUGUCCGACCCCGCCAACUCCCGCGCAAACGCCGCGGCGGCGAAGCGCUUGAAGGCCGACCUUCUCAGUGCGGCGCAGACGAGUCCACGCUCACACCAUCGACGGAGUCACGCCAUGGACGCCAAGAACGCAGAGGAUCUUUCGGAGCGGUUUGCCAGGAAAUCCAUCUCGAUCGACAGCACAACCUCCUUCAAGAACGGCGGAGUACAGAACAGUGGCGUGGAACUGUUUCCAUCGAACGGCAAUGGCGGCGGCUUGAGUAUCAAGGGUGCUGCCGCGGAUGGUGGGUUCAGCAUCAAGGGUUCCGGAGGGUUGAGUAUUAAAGGGAGAGCGGAAGUGAAGGAGCUGUUCCCCGCCCAGUACCAGCGUGGGACGGCAGGGAAAAAUGAAGGAAAGGAGUUGUUCGAUCAGCCCGUGAGGGAGAAGAGGGUCCGGAGGAGGGCGGGAGAUUUGUUUGAUUGAGGCUCUGAGAUUGCGAUUGCGAUUGAGAUGGAAGCAAAAUUGCAAGGGCUGUGCAGGAGGGAAAGCAUAGCACGCGAAUGGGUUAUGGGCGGCGCUUUCUCAAAGAUGGGUCCGGAUCAAGAGCGGCACUUGGAAAGGGGAAAAGGAAAGGAAAGGAAAGGAGACAGAAGACAGAAAAAGAAAUGCGAAUGCCCAUGUAUCGUGCAGGCCUCGCGCAGCCUGGCCUGACUUAAAGCCAGUUUUGAGGUGAAUCAGCCAGAAUAUGAUAUAAUAUCAAGUGCGAAUGAUUUUG